UAUAGUAGUUCAAGACCAAGACUUGUGUUCUACCUCCCACAAUCUAGUUCUUCUGUUUUUUCAACAAGACUCAAAACCCUUCUUUCUCUAGCUCUCCUACGUACAUAUUUUCACCCCUCAGCAUAGCUUUUUGCUAAUACAUGAACUAAUCAGUCUAAAGGUUUUCAAAGAAACCUGCAGAGUCUCGAGUUGUAGCUAGUCCCUGAAUCGUCCAGUGCUCACCUCCCUCAUUUUAUUUAACAAGACUCGAUCAAAACCCUUCUUUAAUUUCUAGUCCUCCUCCUCUUGUCGUUAAAGAAAUUGCUCAUAUACCGAGCUAUAUACGUUUCUGCCUGCUCUUUGAUUUUUCAAAGAAAUUAACUAGAGAAGAUGGGAAUUCAAGGCACCUUGGAGUACUUGUCAGAUCUACUAAGCAGUGCCAAAACCAAGAAGAAGAAGAAGCAAACACAGACCGUAGCAGUGAAAAUUAGGAUGGACUGCGAGGGUUGUGCUCGCAAGGUGAAGAAGGUCCUCUCCGGUGUAAAAGGGGCUAAAUCUGUGGAUAUCGACUUGAAGCAGCAGAAGGCAACGGUGACUGGUUACGUCGAUGCAAAGAAAGUUUUGAAGGCAGCUCAGUCCACCAAGAAGAAGUGCGAGCUGUGGCCUUAUGUGCCAUACACUCUGGUGGCUCAUCCUUAUGUUGCCGGAGCCUACGACAAGAAGGCGCCUCCAAAUAUGGUUAGGAGCCUCCCAAGCACUGCCACUAUCACUGAGAGUGCUGUGGAUGACCACUACACUCAAAUGUUUAGUGAGGAGAACCCAAAUGCUUGCUCUGUAAUGUAACUAAUUAACAAGCUAACUGGCUCCUCAUGUCUAGUUUUAAAAAAAUUAAGAAGGAAAAUGUUGUUUUGUAUCAUAUUGGAAUGAAUAGUAUGGGGAUAUUAGGCAUUUUGUAAGUUUUUUUCGGUGCACUUUAAUCGUAUAAAACUAAUUAAUGCUCAUAGUUUAAUUUCGUCA